AGUGACCAGUGACCGAGUGGCGAAUCAACCCUUCGCCGAUAAGAGCCGCGUCGCGUCGCGUCCCCGAUCCUUCCUGGGGUUUCCUCCUCGACGAAUCGUGGGGCCUGAAAUUGCUCCUGUGCUGGAUCGGAAUCGUGGACGGGGUUCGUCGUUGGGAAACCGAUGAUCGUCCAGGGAUCGAGGUGCUCGGGGAUCGACGCGCGUGGAACGGUCGAGACACUUUGAUGGAUAUUCGGAGGACCUUCCGGCGGAUGUGGCCCGUGGGUUGACGAGCUGGCUGUACCGUCACGAUAAGGGAUACCGGGGGUGGUUCGAGCGAGGUCAGAGUGCGCGAGCUGGUUGGACAAAGAGGAUCGGCACGGUAGAAUGUGCAGCUGAUCGGAAUGACGAGACACUCUCUGGUGAUCCUAUGCUGCUACCUGUACACGCUCUUUGACAUGGUGGCCCUACAUUUUCCCGAGGAAGUAUGCGAACCGGUACUUUCCACGGAGGUCGAAGGCUGGCAUAUUAAGGUCGAUAGCUUAUCGUCCAGUACGUUUCGACUUUCGGCGAGAAAGCGCGGGUACCGGUUCUUUCCGAAGAUCGAAAGGGAGUCGGACCUCGAGGAGUACGGCAGAAAGGAGGCCUCUUUGUCGCUGAGAGACAUCCUCCCUGUGAACCCGAAGCAAUACGACAAGCACAGAGCGCCGAAGUACUUGGGCCAGCCUACCAUCGUCUACUUCCACGUCACGGUGCUCAGCAUCGACUCUAUAAACGAGGAAUCCAUGACGUACGUCGCGGAUAUAUUUUUGGCUCAAAGUUGGCGGGACUCUAGACUCCGACUUCCGGAGAACAUGUCCGAAGAGUACAGAAUAUUGGACGUGGACUGGCUGCACAAUAUCUGGAGACCCGACUGCUUCUUCAAGAACGCGAAGAAGGUCACCUUCCACGAGAUGUCGAUACCUAAUCAUUACCUCUGGCUCUACCACGACAAGACCCUGCUUUACAUGUCAAAACUGACUCUCGUUCUCUCUUGCGCGAUGAAGUUCGAGUCCUACCCCCACGACACUCAAAUUUGUUCGAUGAUGAUCGAAAGCCUGUCGCACACGACUCAGGAUCUGGUGUUCAUCUGGAACAUGACGGACCCGCUGGUGGUGAACCCGGAGAUCGAGCUGCCGCAACUCGACAUCUCGAACAAUUACACGACCGACUGCACGAUCGAGUACUCCACGGGGAACUUUACGUGCAUACAGAUCGUGUUCAAUCUGCGCCGGCGGCUCGGCUAUCACCUGUUCCACACGUACAUACCGUCCGCGCUGAUCGUGGUCAUGUCCUGGAUCGCGUUCUGGAUUAAACCCGAAGCGAUUCCGGCUCGGGUCACCCUAGGCGUCACGUCGCUGCUAACGCUCGCGACUCAAAACACGCAGUCCCAGCAGUCGUUGCCGCCCGUUUCGUACGUGAAGGCCAUCGACGUGUGGAUGUCCUCCUGCAGCGUGUUCGUGUUCCUCUCGCUGAUGGAGUUCGCCGUCGUGAACAACUACAUGGGACCCGUGGCCACCAAAGCUAUGAAGGGCUACUCGGACGAGGAUCUCCGGGAGGCCAUCGACGAAUUCAAAACGCCGAUGAGGAACGAAUCCGGAAGGAGCAGAAGUCCUGUGAGGCCUUUGUCCGUGCAAUACGACACUUGUUGUCAGGGCCGGGCGACUGCGAUCUACAUCGACAAGUUCUCCAGAUUCUUCUUCCCGUUCUCCUUUCUUAUCUUGAACGUCGUCUAUUGGAGCACCUUCCUGUAGACGGACUACUCUCCCCAAGAAGGAGAAAAUCGACGGGAACGAAGACCGCGAAAUCGACGUCAGCUUUCAAACAGAAGCCUUUCGUCUUUGUUAACUGGCGCUCGGUGAUUCUAGAGUUACGAGACCGCUGCAACCGCGAAAGAAAAUCGUCGAGAUCUGGUACAAAGUAAACUCGAUUCGGUUCUCGAGCGAGUUCGAUAGAUCGACGAGGGUAUUUGGAACAUUCCUUUCAACUAGGUAGCAAAGAUUCUGUUUCACGGUUACAGCGGUAUCGAAAACGAUCCUUGAACAGCGCAUCGUUUAGCGAAACGAGUCUUCGCGAUGCUGGGAGAGCAACAAUCGAGCCAGUUAACAGAGAAACGAACGAACCGGCCGAUUUUUCUACGAGAGAAAGUCUGCUAACAGAAUUUUCAAUGCCUUUUAUAUAGAGACCAUACACACUUACACACACACACACACACAUCCCGUUCAAGUGCGAUUAAUUAACGAUAAGUAUCUUAGCAAUUAAGUCGCGUUAAGGAUUACUCGAAGAUGUGUAAAUCGAUCGAUCGAAUGUACUCACCCGUUCGCUCGUUUCGGCGCGAUCCAGUGGAAGGUAGAUCGAUCCGAAACGGAUCGCGUCGUGUCACCUUUAUCGAAAAAAUUCAUUUUCGAUCCGUUUACCAUGAUUGAUCGUUCCCUGUGCAUGCCUUCCGAUUAUUUACCGUAAUUUCCCCCAGUUUUGCUACGAUAGAUAAACUCGAUAUUUUUAACGUUAGACGUUAACGCGUGCAGCCCCGCUCUUCUUCGAAAUCGAACGAUGAGAAAAUAUGAUCUCGUCUUAAAAAAAGAAGCGAUCCAUUCGCAACGAAGAAUAUAGAACCAACGACACUCGCCGCUUUGAAAAUCGGUCAGAUUUUAUUAACGUCGGAAACAACGACGAACGGGACUGCAAGCUGUAACGUCGACAUGCUUACGUCACAGUUGACUCGUUACGCGAGAUCGCAGAGUUUAGGAUGAAAUAAACGAAAUAUUAAUACUUUAUAUACGAUGGUUAAUGUUCAAACGGCAAGAUUCUUUCCUCCGUUAAAAGUGAAAUGUAUGGGAAGUGGAAGUUGAGGAGUGGAAAAUGAAAAAGAUCCGAGGCUUUGCGGAAGUAUUCCGUUUAUUCCAUAAAACUCCAAAAUAUAUUCGUUCAGUUCGCAGACUUCCCUUCGCAAACUUCCUGGCACCUCGUCAAGUAUCGUCCAUUUUUGGUCUCCCUUGUCCUCUCGAUGCUGCCGACGGAUUGGGCAAACGAUCUUUGAACCUUGGGUUCGAGAGCUCGGCACCUGGACUCCAUAUUCUUAAACAAACUUGAACUUACCACUUUUCCUUUGCGCAGAGUUCGUAACAUAUUCAUCGACAGGAUUCUUUGAAAAGCUGGUUAAACGCGAUUGCUUACCAAAUCGAUCGAGACUAAACUGAUCGGAAUCAUCGAGUGUACGGUACAGAAAGUAAAAGAGAAAUGGAGAAUAUCGUUCCCGAAAUCGAGAAAGCAAUUGGGUAUAUUCCUACACGAGGAGUUACUCGUCAUCCUUGCACGAGUCGAACGCGCUAAAUGAGCAUCGUUGAGAAGAAGCGAUCGUCAUUUUCAACGCGAAACGAGGAAAUUUUCGUUUCUGCGACAGAGCACGGCCUCGGAGUCGACGAAGAACUCGACAAUCGAGGGAGGAGGAUUCUCGGCUUUCCCUUCCCGUCGGCGUCACCUUAAGUCGCAAGGCUUUUAGCCACGUAAAGGGAACCUCGGCAGUUACCGACCAGCAGUAAUUAAUUGGGACGAAACGACAGGCCGUCUCCGGUUUCUCGGAGAAUAAUUAAAUCCACACGCGAGGCGGCGUAAUUGCUUCGCGACCGAAUAGGUGUCUCUGUUUCGCGACGGAACGUUGUCUCGGGGAGAUGUUCUACUUCUUUCCUCUCCCGCCGCUUAAUUAAAACAACGCGUCGUCGACUCUUCCGUCGUUACCGUUCGCCAUUGGCUUUUUAAUAAUGCCGCGAAAUGGUACAUUUGAAUAGAAUUUUAACAAGCUCCCUCCGCUUAGUUGUUAGGUUUCAUCCCCCACAAAUUUCUAUCGCGAAUCUCAGAUAAUCUUUCUACUCCACCUCCGCUCGAUCGUUUCUUUGGUCAACUCUCCCCGUGUUUCGGGGAUGAUUUCCGCGUGGCAACGAUGAUAAUUUUCUCUCUGGGCAAUCUGCUUUCGCCCAACGCGCGCCGGCUGUGGCACUCGAGGUCGUUUCACUCCUUGAAAGCGCUGCUUUGCGGACCGAUCUAGCCGCUGUCUGUCUCUCUUUCCCUCGCUGCCCAUUCACGACGUCUCCUAACCCAUUCCAGCUACCGAGCUUUCAUUUGGAGAGAAAGAAAGGGAGUGGGAGUGACGGGACGCUGAAAGGCCGACACAAUGCCGGAGAGAGACUCCGCGAGCACGAACGUACGUGUGUACAAACACGCGUCCAAGUGGGUGGCGAGAGUUUUUAAUCAUGGCAUUUUAUCCUGAGAGAGUCUUUGUGCCCGCGAUGAAGAUACUUUCGUCUGUUUCACCCAUCCAACCCCCCGGCCAGCUAUGCCUCUUUUUCUCUCUGUUUACCCGAACAGAGCUUUCAGCCGUCCCUUUUGCGCUCCGACGCGUUUCGACGAUUUAACCCUCCUUCUCGGCUUCACCCCUUAAUCCCUUUGCCGAUGCUACUUCCCCACGGAGCGCUGGCAAUUGCGUCGCCUAUGUCGAUUCGCGCGCGAUUUUUAUUCCCCUUUAUUUAUCGCGUUUGCGAAACCCUCGGUUUUCAUUCAGCUUCAACCCCUUCCGUCUGCGAAGAACUUUCGAAAAUCAGAAACGACAACUACCGGUACGAGUCGCAAGGUUAGAGAAUUCAUUACGAGAACCGAUCGAACACGGAAAGCAAGUGAAAUAUACGAGUGGGAAUAAAUUAGAACGCGUCUCUCUUCUCGUCUCCUCUGACUCGCGAGUCCUUAGUUUCCGCGAAUACGGUUAAUAAAGACGCGUACAGCCAAUUAACGUAACCGUGAUUGCAACGAACACGAUCGAUCACGUCGGACGUCGAUCGAUCGUAGUUCGCGGAUCGAAGACAGAGCCGUGGCAACCCUUAACGAGAUCCCUUCAUUUGCGUAAUUAACUAUCGACUUUCUGUCGGCAAUCUUGUUAACGAGAAGCCCGUCGUUCGUUAAUGGAUUCCGGCGAGUCGAAGCGGACACGCUACGAGAGACAGCGAAAUAAUUAUGCCGCUUCCGGAUACGUGCCGAUCGCGAAUGGUUCGGCGAUCGUU